AUGAGAACUUGGGAAUGUUUACAUUUUGACGAUUUGGUAUUUAAAAGAGGAGGGACUUUUCGGGAUAAACUUGGGUGUUUCUCCAAUUCUGAAUUGGAGUCUGCUGUUCAUCAAGCUUCAAAAGGAUGUAAAAGAUGUGCUGAGAAAAGCGUUAGGCGUGGGAUGUUUGAAGAACUUUCUGGGAUCUUGGUUCCCGAGCAUAGCCUGUUAUUAAUGUUACUUUCGUUGAUAUUUCCGGAAGCAGCACUUCCUGAAAAUGUUAUUUGUAGCCCGCUUCGAAAAGCGUUGUCUGCUGCUGUUGAGAUGAUAAUGAAUAUUGAGGGAUAUACCAGCUUUGGCAAGACAAAGUAUUCUGCUCGUUCAAUAUUCAAGUGUAUUCGUCAGCUAGGACCAUCCUGUAACUGCGAUGAGCUUGAAAAACGCCUAAGUGAACUAAUUUCAAAUGAAGGUCCGUUGUGGUGUGCACUUUCAGCCAAUUUUCCCAGCAGUGAGUGCCCGACUCCAUCGGGGGCUGCUAACUAUGAGUUUUUGGAUGUUGAAACGAAAGAAGAGUCGCAUUUAAGUUACGAAGAUGUUGACUUGUCAUCUGCGUUAGGCCCUGGCGGCAAAAGGCGUCAAACAGUUCCCCAUAUCAAUAAUGGCCGACUGCUUAUCGAAAAGAAUGGGAAACUUCAUGAAGCGGUUGCAGUUAUUGAUCCUGGUGAUAAACAGAGUUCAGAAAUGGCUUUCAAAACUAGGAUUUUCACUGGUUCACCUGUGGAUAAGUUUGCAUUACCGAAGGCGUGCACUCAGACGCAUAGCAAACGACGUCAGAAUUCUCCCGGGUCUAUUUCGGAAAAGUCUCGUAAAUCUUUUGCAAACGUAAAGUUGAGAAAACCAGAGAGCGAGAACAGUAAAGCUACUGCGACAGUUGAAAAGUCAAUAGCUGCAGUAGGAGCCAAAAGUGUGAUCAAUACCGUUAGUUUUGAAGGGUCAUUGGAAUUAACCGUGGAAAAAUUAAGCGACCUGAGGAGUGGCGAAGAAGAAUUUUCAUCUUCGCCCUCAAACGGAAAUGCUUUGUCUAUCCCUGAAGGUUUAGCCCCUGAAUAUGUUGAUUUCACUUGUACACAGUUAACUGAGCAAACAGAUGUAGAUCCCAGUUCUGUCGGGUCUGUUGAAGAAUUGCCUUUAAAAGUUCCAGUUCACAGUAAUUUCACACCAAUUAAUCAGACUGAAGGCCACCAGUCGAAAAAUGCUCUGAUUUGGGGUAGAUCAAAUGAUAAGACGCUGUUGUAUAGUUAUAAUGACUGUAGUGGUGAUUUCGAAAAAACUGUGAAGCUUGCUGGAGAACGUUUAUGUUCCGAUGAUGUGAAAGCUAUCAAAGAAAGAUUGUUUUACUUACUUUCUUUUUUUAAGUAA